AUGUCGGAAUCUGAAGAUGAAGACUUUGCUUUUUAUGGUGUUCCCUUGGAACCUAUUGAUGAAGACAAUGUUCCAAGGAAGAAACCAUUUGCUAUUCAAGACCAAAUCGCUACUGACAAACAAGGCAGAAGAAGAUUUCAUGGUGCGUUCACUGGAGGGUUUUCAGCUGGUUUUUAUAACUCUGUGGGCACUCUUGAAGGUUGGAAGCCUUCUCAAUUUAAGUCUUCCAGAGAAAAAAAGGCUGAUGUUGUUGCCCAGCGACCAGAAGAUUUCAUGGACGAUGAGGAUACAGAGGAAUUUGGUAUCGCCCCCACACUUCUCAGAGCUAAACCAGAAUAUAGUGGAGGAAAAAGUAAUAAAAGGCGAUUUGAGCUUUCUGAUGGACCAAUACCAGGAGAACCAGUUCUGAAGAAUAUUUUAGAACCUCCUAGUGUGACCAUUGGUAUGAAACUUCUAAUGAAGUUGGGUUGGAAACCUGGACAGGGAGUUGGACCAAUGCUUACCUGGGCUGAGAAAAUGGGAGGAGACAUUGACCCUGAGGAAUUAGGCCUAAAUCCUAAUGUGCUAUUCCCUCCUGAUCCAAUACAAGAACAUUGCAUAAACGCUAAGAGUGAUAGAUUUGGUCUUGGCUAUUUUGGUCUGAGUAAGGAACCUGUUUUGACAGAAAGAUUUAGUUUGUUUGACGCUCCUCUAAAAGUCAGUGAAAAUAAAAAGAAAUUAUCAAUCCGUGGCCAGGCUUUUGGUGUUGGGGCAUUUGAAGACGAUGAUGAAGACAUAUAUGCUAAGGAUGAUAUGUCCAGGUAUGACUUUUCUUUGGAAACCAGUGCUAGUUUGAAGGAGGCCAGGCGGAAAGAAAGACAAAAAGAAAAAGAGAUGCUUGCAUUAACUGAAGAUUACAACUGCAUUGAAGGCUUUAUGCCAGCUAAAAGUCAAGGUCACAGAAAGAAGUAUUAUCCACCUCCUGAAUUGCCGCCUGACUUUGAUCCAAAUAUUACUCAAAGAAAAUCAAGAUUUGGUCCUGAAGUUGUUGGAAAUGUCCAGGCAGUAAAAGGAAAACACAUAAUUAAUUCUUCUGACAGAGCAAUAAUUUUAGGAGAAACAUUGCCUGACCAUCGAAAGGAAUGUGAAAUUGAUCUUGAAGAAACACAAACAGACAAUAAGACUGAAGAAAACAAAAGUCCGGAUGAGUUAAGUUUUAGACCAUUCAUUAGUGAUCCUGCUAAACAAGCAAGAUAUGAAAGAUAUCUUGGCUUCAUAAACAUAGGAGCUAAUGAUGCUUUGAAAAAUAUUCAACCUUCAGCAAUGAGUGAAUGGGAAAAGCAGAGAGAAGCGAAAGAAUUUGAACAGGCUGCCAAAUUGUACCGGCCCUUGUCAGGGAUGAUGAAUGAUAGGUUUUCCAGAGGUGGAAUGUUGGAUGAUUCUGCUGAACCUUUGACACCAGUUCCUAACUCACAACCUGUUGAUUUGGACCCAUGGGUCAAAGCAGCAAAAGAAAAGAAGUUCGGUAAACUAACUCGAUUUAUAGCAGAUUGGUCUCCUGCAUCUCUCCUUUGCAAAAGAAUGAAUAUUCCAGAACCUAAUAACAGCGAGGUUACCUUAGCAAAAGUAGCUGAAGCAGAAAAAAAAAGAAGACCAAAAUUUUCAGUUUUUGAUUUUCUCGACACUUCAAAAGAAACUAAUGUUAUAGAAACUGAAAACAGUGUCAUUGUUCCAGAAGAAACUAAGAUGGAAAGUAAAGUCAUUAAUAAUUUAAGUGAAAAGGAAAAUGAAAAACCAAAGCUUAUCUUAUCCGAGUCAAAUUAUGAUAAUGUAAUUAAGUUUGAAGAUCCACAGGAAAAGAUGGAUCUGUUUAAAGCCAUAUUUGCAAGUAGUGAUGAGGAGAGUGAUGUUGAAAAAGAAGGUGAAACUGGUGAUUCUAAAAAUGAGAAAAGCAAUUCUAAAGCUUUAGAGAAACCAACUAGUAGCAUUAAUGUAUUACGUAACACUUCUCCACCAAGAGGAAUAUUUGCCAAUCUUGAUUUAGAUGCAUUAAAACCUAAGAAAUUGCCACAAGAAGUAGGAAAAGAGAAGAAAGAUAAAAAUGAUGGAAUUAAAACUCAAAAUGUAAAUGAUACUCAAAAUCCAUCAACUGCUAAUACGCCUGUUGCUCCUGAACUAAUGUACGGUCCCACACUACCGACCAAACCAAUUUUCAUACAAAAAACUGUUGCAUAUGAAGACAGUGAGUCUUCUUCAUCUGAAAUAGAAUGGGUUGAAAAAAGUACUUCUAAGAAAAAGAAGCAUUCAAAAAAACAUAAAAAAGAGAAAAAGAAGGACAAGCAUAAACAGAAGAAAAAGAAAAAAAAGUAA